GUCUUGGGAUCUAUUUACUGAACAAACUAUAUUAGAAUUCUAGUCACUGAACUAAAUGACCUACAAUCAGGGAUCUAGCUCGUUCGUUCACUUUAGGGAUUAGUUCAAUAGAACUUAGUCCGAACGAUUCCAUUCGACUCUAACAACGCUCGAAGCCGAAUUUGAUUGUUGGUUAAUCUACAAUUGGUGCAAUCGCAAUUUAGAGCACAGCAACAACACAAUCAUAUACUUUAAUAGUGCUAAAAUAAAUAUUUGUGCUGAAGAAGUUGCUAAGCAAAUGAAAAUCAGCAACAUAAUCAUAAUUAUAUACAGUAAAAAAGUACCGCGAUUCUGUUUGCGUUUUGUUUGUAUGUAUGUACACACGUGUGUGCGUGUGUUUGAAAGCAACGAAAAGUCUUAUACAGCAGAAAAGGCGGCAAAAAGAAGCACAGCAACAACAACAACAGCCAUACGAUAUGUAAAAGAAGGCGGAAAAAAUUGCAACAGCAAACAAAUAAAUUUGUGCAAUGCAUUUAACGUGAUUCGGCAUCGGCGCAUUGCUCUAAAAAACAAACAACAACAACAUCACUACACACCGACACGACAACAACAAGCACAAACACAUUGAACGAACGAGCACAAAACAGUUAUUUUUUGUUGUUGCUUUUUUUUUUUGCAACACUUUGUUUUGUGCGUCAAUGCAGACAGGAAUAAAAAACGGCUAAAAUAAACUGCAGCCGAUGCAACAACAACAGUGGAAUACAGCAUUUUGUGCGCGAAACUGAAAUUGACAGCAGCCUAAAAGUAUGCUACAAAAAUAUUCAACUUGUUACCGCUACACAGACGACAACAACAGCAACAUAAGCAGCAGGAACAACAACAGCGAGAGGAUACAAAAAGUACCAUAAAAAAACACGCCAAAAUUAUCAGCAUUAAAACGGAAUGCAACAAAAACAAGAGGAAGAAGAAUAACAAACAAAAAGAAUAGACGAAUAAAAUUACAACAAUAAUAACGAGAAUUGAAGAGAACCCGACUGGAGACAACGUAGCUACAGAGAGAGAGAUUGAGAGACAAAUUUGGAGAAACAUAGACACACUCAGAGAGAUUAGGAUGGCGUCUUCGCCGACUCCAUCACUGGACUCCAUGCGUGGCGCCAAUUCGAUAGAAUCGUAUGAGCACGCCGGUUAUCUCUCUGAUUCUCCAUUAACGUUGAGCGGUUCAUCGCCACCAGCGAGCGAUUCGGCGAUUUGCAGUGAUGAAUAUAUUGCCGGGGGGCAAGUGAGUGUGAAGGUGGUGCGACAGGAUGUGAGUGUGAUCAAUGGACAUCAUCCGAUAUCGACAUCGGUGUCAUCCAGUUCAUCAGCCAGCUCCUCCUCCUGCUCCUCUUCCUCCUCCUCAUCAUCAUCAUCUUCUUCGUCAUCUUCGUCAUCGUCGACCAGCGGUCUCAGUGGCUGUGGCAGCACCAGCAGCAGUGUUAUCAGCAAUUCCAAUGGGGUUGUUGGAGCAACAGCAGCAACAACAACAGUUGUCAACAAUGGACCCGGUGUCAUUGGCAGCAAUCUCAACAGCAGCAGCAACAACAACAGCAACAACAGCAUAAGCAGCCUGGUUGUUGGUGCUGGCAAAGGCAACAACAAUAGCAGCAGCAGCAACAGCAGCAACAAUGGUCUUGCCCCCGCACGUUGCACGGCCUGUAAAAGUAAAUGCAGCGAUGCUGUUGCUAAAUGCUUCGAUUGCCAGAGUUAUCUGUGUGCCAAUUGUGUGACUGCGCAUGAAUUUAUGCAUUGCUUCAACGGUCACAAUGUUUGUUUGAUUAAAGGCUUUGAAGCGGCGACAACAACAUGCAACAGCAGCAGCAGCAACAUCUCUAGCAACAGCAGCAACAAUAGCAGCAAUAAUCCAGCCUCAAGCGAUUUUAAGUACGCCAGCUCAUUGACAAUGAUGUUGCAACAGCAACAACAACAACAACAGCAGCAGCAGCAACAGCAGGUCGAGACACAGCAACAACAACAGCAACAACCCAUGUCACAGCUGUCAAAAAUAGUGCUGGCCGCAGCAGCAGCCGCCAACAACAGCAGCAACAACUCCGUCACACAGGAGCAACAUCAUGAUUCUCUCUAUGCAACACACUUGCAACAGCAACAACAGCAGCAACAACGCCAGCUCUUUUGUGCACGCCACAAACAUGAAUUGUUAAAAUUCAGCUGCCGCACAUGUUGCACGCUCGUUUGCAAGGAAUGCAUUGUCCUGGAGCAUUCAACGGGCUUGCAUGAAUUGGAAAAUGUGCAAUCUCCCCUCGCAGCCGCAGCAGUAGCAACAACAAAUGGUCACAAUGAGGCAGCAUUGCAAACAUUGUUGGCCGAUAUGCGUGGCAAAAUUGGCGAAAUUGUUUCAAUUGCCAAUGGGGCAGAACAGAGUGUAACUAAAGUCAAGUUGCAAUACCAAAAGGCGCACAAUGAAUUGAAUGAGACACAUCAGUUCUUUGCCUCCAUGUUAGAUGAGAGACGCACCGAAUUGUUAAAGGAACUGGAGACACUCUACACGGCCAAGGUCAAUAGCAAUGCCGUAUGGUUGCAGCGUGCCAAGGAAUUGAUUGACAAGGGACUUGCCGCAUGUGAGGCUGUUGAGCGCUCACAGGGAGCAACGGGAGUGCAAUCACCAUUGCUGGCGGAGGCUUUGCUGCUGCGCAAAACACUCGAGCAGCAGUUGCAGACGGGUGUGCAGGAUAUGCAGUUACCCUUUGAAUUGGAAUUCAUGUCCAACUAUCAAUCGAUACAGGCGGGUGUGAGAAACACAUUUGGUUAUAUACGUGCCACAAAUGGUGGCAGCAAUAAUUGCUCCGAAUCAUCAAGUCUUACAUUGAGUCAUCUCGGUCACGGUCACAAUCAUGCUCACAAUCACGGUCAUGGUCACAAUCACGGUCACAGUCACGGCAAACAACCGCCAAUUGCGAGGCCAACACAAAGUGCGAGCAACAGCAGCGCGAGCAGCGCCGGCAGUCACCAUCAGCAGCAGCAUCAGCAACAGUUGCAGCUGCAACAUCAGCAACAACAGCAACAGUUGCUGCCAGGCCUUGGCCUGGGCAGUUUACUCGACAACAGCAGCAACAAUAGCAGCAACACUAACAGCAACAGCAGCAACAACUAUACAAAUGCUGCAAGUUGCUUGUUGCUCGGCGGUCGCGAACGUAGCAUUAAUGACUUGCAACAUUUUGGUGAAUUGUUGCCAAAACGUGCCACAAGCUUGCACUACAAUCCCUACGAGAAAUGGAGCAAUGGCGGCAGCGAUAAUAUCUUUAACACAACAGCAACAGCAGCAACAUCAACAAUUGGUGGCAACAGCAUUAGUAACAGCAACUCGACAAGUGUUGUCGAUGCCUUUGCCUCACUCUCAUCGGUGGCAUUGAAUGGCAACAGCAGCAACAGCACCGUUAGCAGCGAAUCCUUAUUGGAUUUAACCAAUAAAUUGCUAUCCGCAUCGAUAUAUCCACCCAAAUCCCAAAUUAAGCGACAAAAGAUGAUUUAUCAUUGCAAAUUUGGUGAAUUUGGCGUUAUGGAGGGACAAUUUACGGAGCCAAGUGGUGUGGCAGUUAAUGCCCAAAAUGAUAUCAUUGUGGCAGAUACAAAUAAUCAUCGCAUCCAGAUCUUUGACAAGGAGGGACGCUUUAAAUUCCAGUUCGGUGAAUGUGGCAAACGUGACUCGCAACUUUUGUAUCCCAAUCGUGUUGCUGUUGUCCGUAAUUCCGGCGAUAUUAUUGUUACCGAACGUUCGCCAACACAUCAGAUUCAGAUCUAUAAUCAAUAUGGGCAAUUUGUGCGUAAAUUUGGUGCCACCAUAUUGCAACAUCCGAGGGGCGUGACGGUUGAUAACAAGGGUCGCAUCAUUGUUGUCGAAUGCAAAGUGAUGCGUGUCAUUAUCUUUGAUCAAAAUGGCAAUGUGUUGCACAAAUUUGGUUGCUCCAAGCAUCUGGAAUUCCCCAAUGGCGUUGUUGUCAACGAUAAACAGGAGAUCUUCAUCAGUGACAAUCGGGCGCAUUGUGUCAAGGUCUUCAAUUAUGAGGGACAAUAUCUACGGCAAAUUGGCGGCGAGGGAAUUACCAAUUAUCCCAUUGGUGUUGGCAUCAAUUCAAAUGGAGAGAUUCUCAUUGCCGACAAUCACAACAAUUUCAAUUUGACCAUAUUCACACAGGAUGGCCAAUUGAUAUCCGCAUUGGAGUCGAAGGUGAAGCAUGCUCAAUGCUUUGAUGUUGCACUCAUGGAUGAUGGCAGCGUUGUGCUCGCCAGCAAGGAUUAUCGUCUCUACAUUUAUCGAUAUGUUCAGCUCGCUCCAGUUGGUAUGUAAGCUGCCUGCCACAAAACACAAAAACACACACACACACACACACACACACACAAACAAACAAACAAACAAAUAAUGUUCACAAAAGCGACAGUUCUUUUAACUUGCGCGCGCUCUCUCUCGCUCUCUCAAAUACUAUUAGCUAUUGCUCGCUUUAUGCCUGUCUCUUUCUCUCUCACUCACUCUUACUUGCUAGCAUAGCAAGAAGCUGACUUGGUUCGUGCUCCACACUCCACAGCGUGCAGAAGCCGAGCGCUAUGAAACGCAUACCACAAUCACUUCGACUGUGGAAUUUGUCAUGAAUCAACUGAUAUUUGUUGAUUGCUAUAAAGCUGCUGCAGCUUUUGAAUUGUGGACUGUGUGGCAUGUGUAAUUUACUUCAAAUCACACGUUCCACAAACAAUCUUUGGAUCGUGUGGCAUGCGAACCGAGUCCCUAUUACUAUAUAUUUGAUUAUUAUCUAUUUAAAAAAAUAUUGUUGAAUUUUGUUUUUACACUGUGUUAAGAUUCUGAUGUUUAUUUUUUUAAUUUUACUUUAUUAUUAUUAUUAUUUUUUUUAUUAAUUAUUUUGUGUAUUACUUUUGUAUUCUUGCCACUUAGCCAGUUGCAAGUCUCGUCGUUUAAUAAUUUGUAAUACUAAUAAGAAAAAAUACACAAAAACAAAUACAAAA